CAACAGGGAUAUUUUUUUCAGCAGCAUAGGCUAAGAGAGCUUGACGACCAGGAAAGCGUGACUGGUGAAGUCAAGCUAAAACUUUAUAAGGGAAGUGUUAUUAUUGAAGGCCGAAAAUCAGAUACUGUAAAAUUGUAUGAUAUGGAAGAAAGUUCAAUGGACGUCCAAGGUGGAUUUAGUCCCGUUGAUUCAGAAGGAUUUAUUAAAAUCCUUGGUAUUAGACUGAAAAAAUGGAAGACAACUGAAAUAAUUUCACCAGUAAAUUUGAUGUCAAAAGCUAUUCCGAGAACUUAUGACACGAACUCAAUUUCUCCGAUAUCUACGAUGAAACAAACCAUUCGAUUUUCAAAAAUGCACAGUUACUCUCCACGAUCAUUGACUGAUCAUAUAUAUCCUUAUUACUUUCGUGCAAUGUUUGAGCCUAAUAAUCCUGAUGUGACUGCUGCUGCUUACAUCACACCAGAUCGAUUGGAUGAUUUAGUAAGAUUGGCUGAUAUGUGGAAAGGUCCAAUAUCUGCUACUUUACAUCUUCCUUCAAAAUUAAAAAAAUUUAAUAAUGAUAAUAUUAUAAGAGACAUUUUACAUUCUAUUGAAAAUAUUUACAAAAAUAAUUCAAAUGUUUCAAUGUAUGUUGACAUACAUCUCAUAUCGGGUCCAUAUAGUACAGUGAACGAGACGUCACAACCUUCAGAAAUUAAUCUUCAUAUGAAUACUGUACGAUUCUUUGCUCGUACUGAAUUCAUCUUUUUUCUUGAUUUGGACACUUGGCCAAAGUCUGGUUUACGUCAAGGAAUUUUGAAUCAUGCUGAUUUACUCUUAAACAAUGAUGUUUUGAUAUUACCAACUUUUACUUUCGCUAAUGAUGUUAAAGAAUUUGAGUUUCCUCAAAAAAAACAAGAUGUCAAAAGAUUGGUACGAAGUCGUUUAUUGGGAUUAAAAGAUAAGGGUUGGGAACUUAAUAAUGGUCCAACUUGUUUAAGUAAAUGGAUGAAUAGUGAUAAAGUAUACAAAGUUGAAGAUUAUGAAUUACAUUAUACUCCAAAUUUUGUUAUGAGAAAAAGUGCUAAAAUACCUUGGUGUACAGAACGUUUCGAAAGUAAUAAAGCUGCCUGUCUGCUCCAAAUAUACCUAAGUGGGUCAGAAUUAUGGGUUGCUCCAGAUGAUUUUUUGAUUAUUCAUCAAUAUAAUACCGAGUCCCGUAUUUAUAAAAAUGCAGAUUCAAAAUGGCAGAAAGUAAUUAAUAGUCGUAUGUAUGUAACUUAUUCCUGGGAAGCAUGUCUUAAGCACGCUCGACAAUUCUCUUAUGCAGGAAAAUGGAAUUCACCAAUUGCUGAUCAUGUUAAACAAGAAUGUAACCGAAUUUUGACAAGUUGGGGAAUUGGAAUAGUUUCACUUGAGGAUCUUAUUCAAGAAAAUCUAUCCCAGUUAAAAUGGGAAAAUCCUCUGGCCAGCCAAGUUAUUAGUGACGACUCAAAAUUAGUGCAGGCAUUGGAAGAUGAUGAACUACAAGAUUCCUUUAUGGAACCAAAAUGA